GAAGUGUGUAUGAGCAAACAGGACAGUACAAGUACAAUUAGGAUACGAAGAUAGGACAGGAAGAAAGGGCGUGACGACCAUUUAUUGCCCCAUUCCAUGCCCAAGCCCUCUCAUUCCUGGCCCUCCCUCACCUUACCUUGGAAAAACGGUAGAUCACUCCCCCUCAUCACCUUACUCACCCCCUCCAUGCAGAACCACUCACAACGAAAAUCAGCACGCGAUCAACACCGUUUCGCAAUAAUUGGCGAAAUAAUAAAUGCGAUUCGACGAAUGAUGCAAUUUCAGCGCCAUGACGUCGACUUGUUGGGGUGUUUCCAGGGUGUGCUGGCGAGGUGGGUGAUUGGGCGUGGAACAAGGGCUUGUCACGUGAACCGCGCUCAAGCGAGCCCCUUGAUUCGAUGACCUUGCGCCAGGCGGCUGGGUCUGGCCGAGUGAAGGCAGGAGAGGGAUGAAAGUAAAGCACGAAGUAU